CUUGCUGCUCCGAGGCACCGGAGUCGGGAGAACCCAUCCCGACCAUGAAGGGCGCCAAAGGCAUUGAGAACCCGGCUUUCGUCCCUUCCACCCCAGACACCCCGCGCCGCUCGUCUGCGUCGCCGUCCCAGGUGCAGGUGUCUGCCUUGUCCUCCGUGCCCCAGACAGAGCAUUCUCGGCCCCAGGAACCCCGGGAGCCCCAGGAACCCCAGAAGUCGCCGGAGCCACCUCUGCCUUCAGCAACUGCCCCCGUCUCCCCGGAGCAGCCCGGGCCACAGCCGCUGUCCGAGUGUGAGGAGGGGCCUUGCGGAUGGAGGAACUUCCACCCCCAGUGUCUCCAGCGUUGCAACACGCCCCAGGGCUUUCUGCUUCACUACUGCCUCUUGGCCCUCACGCAAGGUAUUGUAGUUAAUGGCCUAGUAAAUAUUAGCAUUUCUACUAUCGAGAAACGUUAUGAAAUGAAGAGUUCACUGACUGGCCUGAUAUCAUCAAGUUACGAUAUUUCAUUCUGUUUGCUGUCUUUAUUUGUAUCAUUCUUUGGUGAAAGAGGACACAAGCCAAGAUGGCUUGCAUUUGCAUCCUUCAUGAUAGGACUGGGAGCACUUGUAUUUUCAUUGCCACAGUUUUUCAGUGGAGAUUAUCAAUUGGGGUUCAUUUUUGAAGACACUUGCUUAAUAACAAGGAACAGUACUAGUUGUACCUCUUCAACCUCUUCACUUUCUAACUACUUGUAUGUUUUCAUCUUGGGACAACUAUUGCUGGGGACAGGAGGAACUCCUCUCUACACCCUAGGAACAGCCUUUAUUGAUGAUUCUGUGCCCACACACAAAUCUUCUCUCUAUAUAGGAAUUGGCUAUGCUAUGUCAAUCUUAGGUCCUGCUAUUGGCUAUGUGUUGGGAGGACAACUGCUAACCAUGUACAUUGAUGUCGCUAUGGGACCAAGCCCCGAUGUCACUGAGGAUGAUCCACGAUGGUUGGGAGCUUGGUGGAUUGGAUUUCUUGUAUGCUGGAUCUUUGCUUGGUCUUUGAUAAUACCUUUUUCUUGCUUUCCAAAACAUUUACCAGGUACAGCAAAAAUUCAAGCUGGAAAAACUUCCCAGGCUCAUCAGAAUAAGAGUAUUUCCUUGCAACAUACAGAUGAGAAUUUUGGAAAAAGUAUUAAAGAUUUUCCAGCUGCACUGAAGAAUUUGGUGAAGAAUACUGUGUUUAUAUGUUUAGUUUUAUCAACUUCUUCAGAAGCUUUAGUUACUACUGGAUUUGCUACAUUUUUACCUAAAUUUAUAGAAAAUCAAUUUGGAUUGUCAUCCAGUUUUGCAGCUACCCUUGGAGGGGCUGUUUUAAUUCCUGGAGCUGCUCUUGGUCAGAUUUUAGGUGGUUUCCUUGUUUCAAAAUUCAAAAUGACAUGUAAAAAUACAAUGAAGUUUGCGUUGUUCUCAUCUGGAGUUGCAUUUUUGCUGAGUUUUGUAUUUAUUUAUGCCAACUGUGAAAAUCAGCCAUUUGCUGGUGUGUCUGAAUUAUAUAAUGGGACAGGAGAACUGGGAAACUUGACAGCCCCUUGUAAUGCCAAUUGCAACUGUUUGCGCUCGUACUAUUAUCCUGUCUGUGGAGGAGAUGGAGUCCAAUAUUUUUCUCCCUGCUUUGCAGGUUGUUUAAACUCAGCUAAAAAAAGGAAACCAAAGAUAUAUUAUAAUUGUUCCUGUAUUGGGAGGAAAGCAGAUAUAACACCCACUGCAGAAAGUUUUGGUUUUGAAGCUGAAGCUGGAAAGUGUGAAACUCGAUGUGCAAACUUGCCCAUAUUUCUUGGCAUUUUCUUUGUUACAGUUAUUUUUACCUUUAUGGCUGGUACUCCUAUAACUGUGUCCAUCCUAAGGUGUGUUAAUCACAGGCAGCGUUCUCUAGCAUUGGGAAUACAGUUUAUGUUGCUUCGAUUAUUGGGCACAAUACCUGGACCAAUUAUAUUUGGUGUCACAAUAGACAGCACAUGUGUUCUCUGGGAUAUUAAUGAAUGUGGAAUUAAAGGAGCUUGCUGGAUUUAUGAUAACAUCAAGAUGGCCCAUAUGCUAGUAGCCAUAAGUGUUACUUGUAAAAUUAUCACCAUUUUCUUCAAUGGACUUGCAAUCUUUCUGUAUAAACCACCAUCAUCUGGCACAGAGGUGUCAUUUCAAAAUCAGAAUGCAGCUGUGACUACUGUUUCAGUACAAGAGGAUUUCAACAAAGAAGGAAAAGAAGGGUGAAAUGAAGAGACUACUUUUACGACUGGAAAAUUCACCUCCAUUUCUAAGAACACACUUUGCCAUGGCAGCAUUAUUUACCAAAUAUGGACAAUUAUAUUUUAAAAAUUUAUGUUUUAUAAUCAAAUGUAUUUUUAUACAUGUGUAGACUCAUCUUUUUUUUAAUACAAGAAACAAACCUGUGCCUUCAAAGACCACCAAAAGACUCAAACGCACACAUGCACCUGCACACUCACGCACACACAUACACACACUUAUCUCCCAUUGUCUAGGUAUGAAAUCCUCAACUAAUAACAAGAGAAAAGGCCAGCAAUCGGUUAAAAGUGUACAUUUUAAAAACAGUGAUGUUUCUGUCCCUUUUAUAAUGUGUUUCAUUUUAAUUUUCAUGCCAAUAGUUUGAGUUUAUCUAGAAAAUUUAUGGGAUAAAAAUUUAAACUAAUCAGAUGUAUGCGUUGAGUUCUUGAAAUUAUUAUGGAAAGCCCAUGAAUUUAAAGCCAGCUUUAUCAUGUAAUUUGUUUUUAAAUUUACAUGUUUAAAUGUAGCCUGGCCUUUGUCUAUUGAAACAAGUUAUUCAACUAUUAGGAUAUAGGUUACUCAUCUUCUUUGUGUCCUAGUAUGUAACGAAUACAGAAAUAUCAGCAUUGUGGACAUUUGAGACUCAAAAGGAAGGAAUGUCUGGGAGAGGGUGAGGGAUGAAAAAUUACUUAUGUACAAUAUACACUGUUGGGAUGAUGGGUACACCAAAAGCCCAGACUUCACCCUCAUACAAUAUAUACUUGUAAUGGAAUUCAACUCAUACUCCCUAAAUCUAUUAAAAUGAAAAUAAAAUAAAAUAUUUAAAUGAUAACAUAUAUUUUAUUGGGCCUACUGAGGGGAUAUAAUACUUUAACUACUUUUCUUAAGUUAAAUGAUCUUUGAUUUUGAUUUUUUGAGUUAACCCUUCUGUCAUUUUAUUUUAUGUUUGGUACAAUUCAGUAUGAUUGUAUUUAUUUAGGAUAUUUAUACAUAAAAGUAAUAUAGAUAUGUAAAAAGAAAGAAAUAACAGCAUUGUAUACAGAUAUUUUCACUUUAACUCAAGAAUUCCAGGAGGUAAUUUAUUGAUAUUGCUGAUUUUUAACACUUAACUUUUAUGACUCUGUGAUAGUAUUAUUCAAUUAUAUAUAUUUCAGAGGAAAGUGCCAGUUUCAGUAAAGUGCCAACUAGACAGAAAAAGAUUUCUUAAUGAACUAUUGACCAAUGCUUACAUACUCAAUACUUUAAUUUUUCUUAUUUUAAAGGCCAAUCACCUAGCACAUUACUUAUGGCAGCUAAAAUAGUGCUUUGCAUGUGGUAGAUAUCUAUUAUUAUAGUUUGAUUAAAAUGUUAAACCCCACUCUUUACCUGAUGCAUUUAUUUGAUAAAGUAUUUCACAAGCCUGAUAACAUUAUAACUUCACUCUUUUUUUCUGAGGUCAGACUUAAACGCCAACUUUGCUCAGAAUAUGGAGGAUAUAUUAAUAGAUUAAUGAACAUCAACAAAAAUAACUUAAAUUUUACUGAUUUAAGAAAAGUGUUGAAGUCAAACCUAGACAUGAUUCCAUUUGAAAUUUUUGUUAAAUAAAGGUUACUAAGUUAAUAAGAUUCAUUAUCAGGUUUCCUCUAUCAGCUUUUCCCUGGGUUAGUUUUUUACAAGCAGUGUUUUAUAUACACUGCAAUCAGGAUAACACAAACUGUGAGUAAAGACCUGGUAGGAAAACCAGGAUGAGAAGCACUAAAAAUUUGCAGAAUUUAAGAGAUUAUGUUUGGUGGUAAUCUAUGGCCAAUGAUGAUUCAAGAACCUAGCACCAUUUAUAAAGUGAAAUUUAAGGAAAAGGAAUGAGUUAGGAGUUAGGCAAGGAAGCACAUUUGAGUAUUAGAGGAAAGGAGCUGUGGGUUAGGAAUCUCAGAGACAGACCUACUUAAACCAGAAACGUAUACACACCAAAGACUAAAGCCAAAUAGGUAACCGACAAUACAGGUAUUUAAGAAGCAGGAAAUUCAUAGCAACCAAUAGGACAGGGAAAGAUAGGCAGGGCAAUAAAUGACACCUGGAUCGAUAAUCUCUCUCCUACCCGGCCAGAUGCAUUUUAAAUGAUGCUUCCUGUUGGAGCCAAGGCCAAAGGAAUGUUUAGGGCUUCUGUGAAAGCAGGGAAUAGAGUGGAAGAAUUUCAUUGCUGUAAAGCAAUGGCAAAUUCUGAGGAACUCACUGAUGGAGACAUGAAAUUAUUGCAAGAAAGGAAAUAGAAUAACUAUACAAACAUAUUAAUCUAGAGCCACUUAAUUUAAAAGGUGAAAGAUUUAUACAAUCUCAAGAGAAACCAGAGUAUAGGGCCACUUAGAAGAAAAAAGUCACCCCAUACAUAGAAAUAGGUUGGUAAACAGUCACUAAAUAAUUGACAUUCAUAAAAAUUCGUAAUUAUCAAGGCCUUCAUUGUAUUCAGUAUACUUAAUUUUAUAAGGUGAUACAUAAACUUUUUAAAGAAAAUAGUUAAAGUGAAAAUAAUUUUGGUUCUUAAAGAGCAUCAGACUCUUCUAUUUAUAAUAUACACAUUUCGAAAGAAUACCUCCUUUUAUGAUAGGGUAAUACAGACAC